ACCGAGACUGCCAUUCUUCGGAGUUUUCGAAGGUCGCGCUGCGCUCGCUCGCAAACAUUUCUACCGACCACCUCCUCGUCGCUGGCGUGUCUGCGAUCGUACGCAGCUCUUUCUUCCACUGUCUCUCUUUUUCGCUUCUCCCAUUCUGUCAUGGCGUCGGCAUCCUUCAUUGUAUGCUCUUCUGGGAUGGCGGGAAAGUCUUCUGUCACCUCCUCUCCAACGAUAAGAUCGGCGUCGGCGCGUUUCCCCCCUGCCGUUCUCGCUAUCAAGUCACGCUCUUCGUUUCAUAGAUCGGGGCUCAGAUCGGAAGCCUUUUCCACUUUCGCUGAUCUAUUGCCCGGAGUGAAGGCUCAGGUUGCAGCUACUGAGCAUGCAAGUAUUGACCUAUCUAAAAAGGUUGAAGGUCCUGUUGUCAUUGUCACUGGAGCUUCUAGAGGAAUUGGAAAAGCAAUUGCUUUGGCAUUGGGUAAAGCUGGUUGUAAGGUUCUUGUGAACUAUGCUCGCUCAUCUAAAGAGGCUGAAGAAGUUUCAAAAGAAAUUGAUGCAUCUGGUGGUCAAGGCCUGACAUUUGGGGGAGAUGUUUCGAAAGAAGACGAUGUGGAAGCUAUGAUCAAAACUGCAGUAGAUGCAUGGGGAACAGUAGAUAUAUUGGUCAACAAUGCAGGAAUUACAAGAGAUACUUUACUAAUGAGAAUGAAGAAAUCUCAAUGGCAAGAAGUAAUUGAUCUGAACCUUACUGGCGUUUUCCUAUGUACGCAGGCUGCAGUUAAAAUAAUGUUGAAGAAGAAAAAGGGGAGGAUCAUAAACAUAUCUUCUAUUGUUGGCCUUUCAGGCAAUAUUGGUCAGGCAAACUAUAGUGCUGCUAAAGCUGGGAUCAUUGGUUUAACAAAGUCUGUCGCUAAAGAAUAUGCAAGCAGAAAUAUCAUUGUGAAUGCUGUUGCUCCUGGGUUCAUUUCAUCUGAUAUGACUCACAAGCUUGGAGAAGACAUUGAGAAAAACAUCUUGGGGACAAUCCCCUUAAGAAGAUACGGACAACCAGAAGAAGUAGCUGGUUUGGUGGAAUUUUUGGCCCUUAGUCCUGCUGCAAGCUACAUCACUGGGCAGGUGCUUGCCAUUGAUGGUGGGAUGGUGAUGUGAGUGGGUGAGUCUUUCCUUCACAAAAUCUUUGUAGCUUUGUUCGAGAAUGAGGAUAUUCUCAUCUAAAUUUAAAAUGAGUUUUAAAUUAUUAAAUUUAUUUAAAAAUUUAUGUAAUCCUUGAACAAAUGCAAUGAUCUUUGUUGUUGUUGUUGCUCUCUCAUUUGUAGCCUUGCUAGUCAUGUUAACCAUUAAAUUUAAAGUGCAUCUAUCAUGAUAACCAUUGCUGAGAUUUGUUCAAUGUUUA